AUGGCGGACAAGAUUUGGUCCGAUUCCAUUCAAGUGAGUCCAAUCAACGCUGAAACUGGGUCGGCCCACGACGAAACUAGCUCGAGCGGAAACAAAGAGGACGAAGACGAUGAUGACGACGAAAGUGAUGAUAAAAUCGACACACAAUCUCAUGACCCUGAACGGCUGAAAGCCUUCAAUGACCUCUGCACUCUCGUUGGAGAACAAGGUCCUGGUGUACAAGCAGGUCAUCAGGCCUGUGAUAACAUACGCGUGUCCUACCUACUCAUAAGAAUAGGUUACAGGUGCUGCAGAACAAAGUCCUUCGUAUUAUCACCAACGGUGAUAGAUACUCUCGAGUGGCAGAUCUCCACGAGAGAUGUGAUGUUUGUGAGACUAUUUGUGGACGAAAAUUUAGACCGGAUGGUUCCUAUUAGCAAACAACCCAAAGAAAAAAUACAAGCCAUAAUUGAUUCGUGUACGAGGCAAUUUCCCGAAUUUGCAGAAAGGGCACGAAAAAGGAUCAGGACGUACCUCAAAUCUUGUAGAAGAAAUAAAAGGGCUAGAGAUCCAAAUUCAGCUUGGGACGCGUCGAGACCUACACCUGCCCAUCUUACCUCGGUACAAGCAGAACAAAUUUUAGCAUCAGCUUGUGAAAAUGAAAGCCAUAAUGCAAAAAGGAUGAGGCUAGGUUUAGAACCUGUUAGUCAACCUAUGCCUGUGGUACCAGGUGUUCAACCUACAGACACUACCGCAACAAUUAAUAGAGGACUGGAUUUCUCAAGUAGUAGUACCCCUGUCAAGAUGGAGAAUGAUAAUAUGGUGCCAAGUGGUUUCCCUGUAUCAACUACCCCAUGCAGUACCCCAAAUUCUGUAUCUAAAGUUUUAUCGGCUACACCCGAAAUGAAAACAACUCCUCUCAAGUGA